AUGAAUUGGUUACAAUCCAGCAAAGUAUUGGCCACUUUACUCAUUGUUGGCAACUUUGUGGGCCAUGCCUACGCCUCCAACAUAACCGCCCUACCUGUCAUCGACCUAGGCUACGAGAUAUACCAAGCUUCAUCCUUCAAUACCACCAGUGACUAUUACACAUUUUCUAAUAUCCGCUAUGCUGCACCACCGGUAGGCGAUUUGAGGUUUGCCGCACCACAGCCCCCGUCGAUAAACCGUUCAAGCGUGCAGACUGGCUUUCCCGAUCGCAUCUGCUAUCAAGCUCUUCCCAAAUGGUUGAGAAUUUCGCCCCAAUUUACAGCACGUUAUCUAAACGGCGAAAGCGAGUUCAAUUCAUCUUCGUUCAACGCAUCUGCUUCGCAGCCAGAUCCUCGCGAGACUGAGGAUUGCCUCUUCCUAGACGUCUCUGUUCCCAAGGCCGUGCUUGACGCGAGUAAGGGUUACGGCGCACCUGUGCUGGUCUGGAUUCACGGUGGUGGAUAUACGGUUGGUUCCAAGACUGAUUCAGGGAACCCAGCGGGCCUGAUUCGACUAAGCGAAAAUAGUACUGAAUCAGGAGUAAUAUUUGUUUCCAUAAACUACCGCCUCGGGGCCUUUGGAUUCCUGCCCGGGCCAACAGUCCAGGCCAAUGGAACUACGAACGCCGGACUGUACGACCAGCGCAUGGCCCUAGAAUGGAUACAAAGCAACAUUGCAAAAUUUGGGGGCGACCCAAAACGCGUCACUGUCAUAGGUGAAUCUGCAGGAGCCGGUUCCAUUCUUCAUCAAGUUAUGGCAUUUGGCGGCAAGACCGCGCCGUUUGCGCAGGCCAUUCCUCAGUCUCCAGCGUUUUACCCCAUGGUAUCAAAUAGAUACAAAGAGGGUAUUCUGUCUACAUUUCUCAACUACGCAAACGCGUCAAGUAUACAAAAUGCACGCAGCCUGCCAGCGGCUAUACUACAAGCCGCGAACCUUCGUCAAGUUGAGGAGUCUAAAUACGGCCUAUUCACGUUUGGAGCAGAAAUCGAUGGCAAUUUUAUUCCAGGGCCGCCGGCAGAACUGCUUCAACAGGGACGAUUUGAUAAGAAUGUUCGAUUGAUGAUUGGACAUAAUGCAGAUGAGGGCCUGUUAUUCACAAGCCCGUUCUUGAAGAAUGAGUUGGAUUUGCAGCAGUCAGUGGUCAAUUGGCUGCCUACUUUGAAGAGUGCACCAGAGACGGUAGAUUAUCUGCUAAACAACUUAUAUCGAGGCGAAAAUGGAACAACCGGACCCAGAAACUACAUCGAUCGUAUGGCAAAGUUCAUUGGCGACGCUUACUUUGCUUGUAACGCCUUCUUCCUGGCCAAAGCAUAUCAGGAUACAUCGUACGCAUACCAAUUCUCCGUUCCACCGGCGUUGCAUGGCGACGAUUUGAGGUAUACUUUCUACAACGGUCCGUCACAUCUAGUGUCUUCGCCGGAAACAGCAUUGAAGAUGCAGCAGUACAUCAUCAACUUUGCCGCACAUGGCCACCCAAAUGGCCCUGGUCUGCCUACAUUCGGGACAUUUGGCAACGAGGGCAGAACAUUGGUGCUGAAUUCUACGGAAGUUUAUGAAGUAUUUGACAAGAGUAUGGCGGUGAGAUGCCCAUGGUGGGAAAGGGGGCUCUAUUUCUAA